AUGGCAGCCAGUUUGGACGAAACAGAAAACAUUUCUGAUUUAGUUGCGUCGCGAUCGGCAAGCAAUACUUCAUUAAAUGGUCCUAGAAACUUAGCUUAUGCAUCUGUAGAGCGCGCAAACCUUUUAAACUUGUCUAAACUGUGUAUAAAGAAUCUGAUCGAGAGCUCUUUAAAUUUGGGCCGAAGUCUUGGGGAAGAUCGUCUACCUUUGCAGCAAUUUUUUGUGAUUAUUGAACACGUUUUAAGACAUGGGCUUCGAGGUAAGCUUUUGUUUGUUUUGAUGAGUUUUUCUGAUGGUGUUGAAGUUGUGUUUUGUGUGGUUUUGUUAACGAUUAAAUAGUAAUAAAAUUAUAGAUUAAUUGAAAUACCACACAUACUCCAGUUUUAAUAAUAGAAAAACCAUGAGCUUGGUAUUUCUAUAUAUUAUUACACCCGUGUGCUAGUACCCUGUCCAUUAUGUAUCGAUCAAUUCGAAACUUCACCAUCCCCGGGAAUUUGAACUUUUUGAAAUUUGACUGAUCAAAUUCUCCCAGGGUUCGAGAUUAGCGGUAUCCUAGUAUCCUUGAUGCUACCAGUUUCCAAUUUUGGAUACCAGAUGUAAAAACCUUGGUAUCCUAACUGGAUACCAGGAAAUUCUUGCUUAAAUAUAAAUUUUUGAACAUUACUUAUAAACUUUAUCAACAGGAAUCACAAAUAUAUGCAUAAUUUUACAAAUAAGUUUUGAAACGCUCGUAAACUUCGAGCAGCGAACGCUAGAGUAUAUUUACUUUGCUUCAAAUUUCACUAACGGUAGCUAAUUGCUGAGAGCCUGAAACACCCGUAAAUUCACCUGAAAUUGGCGGGUGUUUUCAUUAUCAGGCUACAUUUCCACUUCCGCAUUCUUCUCUGUUUUGAUCUUGAAGCAUAUUAUUGUGUUUAUAUAUAUAUAUGGAUAGGGUUAUAUUCAGAAAUAAUGCAUAUUUAUUUUAAUUUGUAACUUUAUCAAUGUUCUCUGUAGUAAUAGUAAAAGUAAAGAAUACCUAAUGGCUUUUGUGUGUAUGUGUUUCGAAGUUUUGAACAUUCGAUAUCAUAUGAUUCUACCAUAUAUUCUUAUAUUUGGAUACCGGUUUUUGAAUUUGGAUACCAAGUUUGAAAUGCUGGUAUCCAUAAUGGAUACUAGUAAAAAAUUCCAAUCUCGAACCCUGAAUUCUCCACCCCCUGUGCAAAAAAUGUCUUCAAAUGCCCCACCUUCAUAUGAAAAUUAUAAAACAGUAAAUACAAAAAGUACGAAAUAUACGGAAAUGUUUUUCGACAAGAUAGCGAAAUUCACGUAAAAAGUUUGGAUACCUUGUGGAAAUUUAACAGUUUAACACAAUUAUGUAGUACAUAUUACCUUCAAAUGAAGCACGUAGAUUUUCCAUGCCCGUUUCUUUGAGCCAGUUUUUCACAAAAUUGAGGCUGUUUCCCUCGAAAUCUGAGAAAACUAUUUGCCGCCAAUGCGAAGUAUUUUCUGUGCAUGCAGGAAGCAUGCGAAAACGGGCAAAAUUUUAAGAAAACGGGCAAAAUUUUGUCCUGUCGAGUGCGACUGUGCAGAUGACUGUCGAGCCGGAGAGAACUCUUGCAUUGGAAUAUGUUCAACAGGCCGAUAAUUUUGUGCACCGACAUGAGCAAGCCUCGGAUCUCUCCAAGUUCAAAUUCCCCACCCCGUUAUCAAAUGCCCCACCACAUGGAAGACCUAGAAUGUCAAAUUCCCUACUCCCUGGAGAAGACUUGAAGUCAAAUUCCCGGGGUAUGCCCGGGGGGGGGGGGGGGGGGGAGUUUCAAAUUGAUUGAUACAUUAAGGCACCAUAUUCAUGUUGCCACAAAUAAAUGUUGAAUUGACUUAUAUUACUUCACCCACCUCCAGAUAAUGUCAAUUGAUAUAUUCAGUCCCAUUUUGACUUUUGUAUGUAUAAUACAAAAGCUUUACUGACAGUGACUUUGGACGUUAAUUGUCAAUUUGCCACAAGUUCACAUAAAUCCCACCUACCCACUCAUAAUGUCGAUUCACCGUUAUUUGUGGCAACAUGAAUACUGACGUGGCUUCUAACUUUUUAAGUAGCAAUGCAACCUGACGCUCCCUACUUUAAUAUUUUACUCCCCUUGGCAUUGUUGAUGAGUAAAAGUAAAAUCCUCUGUCCAAUGCAGGAUGUAGCCUUCCUAAUUUCCCUCAACAUUUGGCAAAUUGAGAAUGUUUUGUUUACUUACUUUUCUCAAUUGUUGCCGCCAUUUUCGACGCCACAAAAAUUGCUGCCUCUGGCCCACAACGUAACAGAAACGUAAACAAAUGCACGCAUUGCAUGGCGGUUGACCAGGACUUGCUAGAGAUUCUUGAGAACAAUAUACUAUCAGCUCUUCAGGCCGAUCCGCUUGAAGUCCUGGCUAAUAAUAAUUUGGGUACAGCCAAUGCUGUUUUGUGAUCUACUGAGGUUCUGGCUAUUGUGCAAAGAAUCGAAGGUUGAUGCUUCAAGGGUGAUGUAAGUUGAGUUGUGUGAGUUGAGUGGUGGGCAAAGGCUUGCAAGCUUUGUCUACUUGGUUUAUUAUCUGAGUGCAAGACUGGGCUAAAAAUUUCAGCUUGUCAUGACUGCAAGUAUAGUAGUGAAUUACACACAGCCUCUGGCAAAUGGCUGGCAAAUGUCUUCUUAGCGAUUUUGCCUUUGAUUUCAGUCUUUUGAGUCCUUGUGUUUCUAAAAAUUAGGCUUUGACCCUCCCAGCAGGAUCAUAAUGCUGUAGCUAAUUAUUAAUGUACUCCACACUCAAAAUCUGGCCAUUUAUUUUAAUUUUCUAACUACUGUAUACUCUAUACAGUGAAACGAAAUUUUCGUGGCGUGAGCAAGGAUUAUUGGGGUCCCUUGGAAAAUAUCGAGAAAAUUGAUGUAGAUGCUGUGGAGAUCACAGAAAGUGUUCGCAGUUUACCUGGAAUAAA